GGUUAUGUUCGAUAACCUCACUGUCCUUAAGUGUGUUUAGUUGUCAAUAACAAGUAAAAAUGAGUACAAAUAGUGCAUUAAGUUUAUUAAAUAUAAGGACACAGCUGUUAAGAAUAACACAAAUAACAACACAAAAAUGUAAUUACGCCAAAAAGGAAUCUGCUGGAGUUAGUAUGAUAGGAGGGGCUUUGAAAAAGAAAAAACUGGGGAAGUUGGGUCCUGUAGUAGAAAAAAAAGUUUUACCUGUUGAAACUGAUGCGAAUAAAUUGGUAAAUUUCGCCUGUGGCACAAAUAUUUUCAAGACUGGUGAAGACAUUCAGCUCAAGCCUGACAGUGAAUAUCCAGAAUGGUUAUGGAAUAUUAGAACUGGAGAUCCAAAACCAUUGGAGGAAUUAGAUCCAAAUUCUAAAGAAUAUUGGAGAAGAAUCAGAAAAAUGGCAAUGAGACGGAAUAAUAAAUUGGCACAAUUAAAAAUGUUUUAAAUGUACAUAUACAUCAAUUAUUUAAUAUACACUAGGAAAGUUGAA